UGGGAACAUUGUAUUCCAUGGGCCUCCCACUCUCUCGCCUGCUGGGGGUGAAUCACAGAUUUCUGGCACCCGAGGAGCCUUCUGCCUACCUGCGCGCAUCGCAUUAUAGGCCUGCCAUGUCCCCCCAUUAUACUGAAGCCCAUAGUGGGACGGCUCCCCUGAAAGCUUGGGGGUGUCCUUGGAACUGAGCGGAGAAGUGGCAGCCUGGCUCGCUCCUUGUGCACCGUAAACUGGUCCAAGCAUGGAGGCAGGAAGGCAGAUCUCACGACAUGCCUUGACAGCCAUUACUUCUCACAGAGCCAGGAAGACAAAAGGUUUUGUUCUCUGAACACUGGAGCUUUGUAAGAGCAGCAGGAGCCACGCCUGGCCUUGGCACACACCCACCCACACGAUUACGAGAGAGGUGGAGUUUUUCCUCUGCUGUCAGCAUGCCAGCCACAGAAGACGGACAGGAAAAGGCAUUUCCAAGAGUACCGUCUUUGCCAUCUCAGAGGAGAGAAGCUUUUUCUCCAGAGGAGGAAAAGAAAGAUUGGGCAGCGGUGGGCAUCUGCCGCUGAUUUAUUGAUUGCCAAGGGAUGUGCAGCUGUCACUAGGAGUUCUGCUUUCCUGCCAGUCCUAAGAGGCGGAGGGCGGUGACAAACCGUACCGGGCCUAGUGGUAGAAAGACACCUCACCUAUGACCCCAGCUGAUACCUACUGCUGAGCAUUUUGGUGAAGAGGAGAGAAUCGCAGACAAGGACUCCUGCUCUCUUCCGACGGCCUGCUGAGCUUCCUUUGGACCAUGGGCAAUGGCAUGAACAAGAUUCUCCCUGGACUUUUCCUUGGCAACUUCAUAGAUGCGAAAGACAUGGAUCAGCUGAGCCGGAACAAUAUCACCCACAUCAUUUCCAUCCAUGAAUCCCCACAGCCAUUUAUUCCGGGAAUCACUUAUCUCCGCAUUGCUCUGCCGGACACACCAGAGGCAAACAUCAAGAAGCACUUCAAAGAAUGCAUUCAUUUCAUCCAUUCCUGUCGCCUGCGUGGAGGAAACUGCCUCGUUCAUUGCCUCGCAGGGAUCUCUCGCAGCACCACCAUUGUCCUGGCAUACAUCAUGGCCGUCACACAGCUGAACUGGCGCGAAGCCCUGGACGCCGUUAAGGCAGCCCGGCCAGUUGCCAACCCCAACACGGGUUUCUGCCAGCAGUUGGAGGACUAUGGGGGCAGCCGGUCUGCACAGAAGAUCCAUCGGCGACUUGAGCGCAAAUAUGGAGCGUCCCCUUUUAAUGACAAGGAGGCGGUCAGAGCCCUGCUCCCAACUGGCAAAAGGCGUCUCACCUUCCAGGCUGAUGGGACUGCGCAGACUCUGGUGCGAAAGAACCAGGGCACCAAACGCAGAGGCCCAUUUCUGUUGCGGGUGAAGCAGACCUUCUCCUGCCUCCCUGGGUGUUUGAAAUGAAACCUCCCAAGGCUUUCCAGGAAAGCACAAGAGGUUGCGACACUGGACUGGCCAGGGGAACUUCAUUCUGUGGAACCUUGAGAGGUGAAAAAAACUGUGCAGGGCUGACCAAGAGGAGCCUCCCGGGGUGGCAAUCCAGACCCAUCUGCUCCGUGAGUUCCUCAUGUUUGAGGAGCUGGUCCUAAGGAACCCCUUUGCAGAUUCUACCAGCCCUUCGGGAGAGUGUCUUGAGUUAAAGGGCCCCAAACAACACAAGUCAUGCACCCCAGCCAUGUAGAAUCCUUGGGUCUCACGCUGGGGAGUGGAGCCAUCUGCUGGCCACCCAAAGGCUUCCAGAGGCAGAUCCUUUGGCAAGACUUUGGCAGUCAAGGAAGAAUACUGCGGUUACCGUUGCUGCUCAAGAUCAAGAAAUAAAAAAAGGAGAUACUAAAACAAAACAAAACAACAAUCAAGGAAGAUGGUUCUUGCACAACAAAUGGCUUCCUUAUCCAGAUGGUGCAUCAGGUCUCUCGGUUGUGUGUGUAGGUGUGUGUGUGAUGGCGAGAAGUGAAAAUAGCAACACUGAGUGGAACAAAGUAGUCAUUAGCAAAUGAGCAGACUCAAUAUGUACACAGACUUAACAGUUGCACAUAAAGGAGAACUUCGGCCAGUGUAGCUUCUCCCACUAUUCCUAGACCGGUGAUGUGAGAAGCUGCACUUGCCAAUAUUCUCCUGUGCACAAUUGUUAAAGUAGGAAUGUAAAGCACUCCCACUUUCCUUACUGAAUAAAGAAACAUUGCACCCAGUGGCCUGCUUCUGGACAGCGCAGACACCUCCCAGAGGUAAUCGGACCUCUCUCUCUUUGAUCGGUCCCUGCCCUCUGCUGCGCUGUUCGAACAAGUAAGCUUCCAGACUGAGGAGGACAGUCAGAAUCUGGCGCAAUUCCCCAGACCAGAGAGGGGAAAACAAGCUGAUAUGCUCUGAUUAUUUCCUACUGGUCUGUUGUGGGAAUGUGAGCUUCUAAACUGCGUUCUUAAGGGGUCCUUCCAUCCCACAGAAUGCAAAAGACAGGCAUUCAGCAGAGGCAUCAUCAUCUCCAGAGGGACAAAAAUGAUGAAUCUGCUCACUCCCUUUCCAAGAAAUGCAGCAGUCCAAAUUGUUCUUCUCAAGGGAGUGAUCAUAACGGAUAUGCCACAGUAAUGAUCAGGGUAAAAAAUUAUCCUGUGCUCAAUAUAAUGCAAGCAUAUCCCUUGCCUGUUGCAUAGGAUGCUAAGUCCCAUUCUCUUAGCAGCUCUCUGCCAGGAGUCUUCCGGUGGUUGGGGGACCCUCUGAAGAAGACUGGGGGGGUUGCAAGGAGAAGUCUUGUGAAAUAUUGCUUGUGCAAUAUCAGAUAUUUCCCUUUCUAGCUACACCAUCAAGCAGCCUUUUCUCGCCACUGACCCACACUCUGUUUAACAUUUCGAGUGAUGAAAAUUUCUAGACAACUUGGAAGCUUGCGUACUAUUGUAUCAUUUUCCUGGGGCAUCCUAAUAAAGACAUUGCCCAACCAA